AGGUGCUGGGAACCUAAAGGUCCCUAGCGCACGGUGAAGCCGUCGCUCUCUGUUUUUACGUUCUCCACCUACUCCUCCCAUGCCCCUGGUUUUUUUUGUCUUUUUACCCCUUGUUUUGACCCACCUAUUCCAUCGCAGGUGGUUUUCGCCUUUUGUUUUGUUUUCCUACGCUUUUUCUGGAUGUCCCCACUUUGUUUUCUUUAGGUUUUGAUUACCGUAUUUGACCUUUCCUAUUUCGGCUUUCUAUUGGGCCAAGCUUUGAGCCCAACCCCGCUUUCAUCGUAUUGGAUUCAAAACGAUUUAAUUAAUUUCAUGUCAGGAUCUAAUUCCAUAUCUUAUAGUCAUACAGGAGAUCAUAUAAUGCUUUAGGGGAGUGAUACUAUCCGUUAUUGUUAGUGAAUGAAUUUUUAAAAAAAGAAAUGUUUCAAGCCCAAUACGAGACCGUCACUGGCCCAGUAGAUGGCGGGGCAAAAGCGUAAAAGAAGUGAGGAACCGCCCGUGGAAGGUCGUAGUCUCCAAGGCCAAUCCCAUGGGUUGUUACCGGUUACGUGAUGAAAAAGCCAAAUAAACCACGCGCAUAGCGAAAAUCUCGAUGCCCCUCUCGCUUUCCCUUUCUCUCUCUCUCUCCCUCUUGUAAUAAAACCCUAACCGAUCAUCACUUUUCAGUCUCUGUGUCGCCUCUUCUAUCUCUAACAACGACUCUCUCUACAAAUCUCUAAAUCUAAUCAUCCAUCCAUGACUUGCUACAAGGGAAAAUACCAUGACGAGCUUAUUGCCAAUGCUGCCUACAUUGGCACUCCUGGAAAGGGUAUUCUUGCUGCUGAUGAGUCAACUGGCACAAUUGGCAAGAGGCUAGCUAGCAUCAAUGUCGAGAAUGUUGAAGGAAACAGGCGUGCUCUCCGUGAGCUCCUUUUCUGCACUCCUGGUGCCCUCCAGUACCUUAGUGGAGUGAUCCUCUUUGAGGAGACUCUCUAUCAGAAGACUGCCUCUGGCAAACCCUUUGUGGAUGUUAUGAAGGAAGGUGGAGUUCUUCCCGGAAUCAAAGUAGACAAGGGCACAGUUGUGCUUACUGGCACUGAUGGUGAAACUACCACCCAGGGUCUUGAUGGCCUUGGUGAACGAUGUGCAAAAUACUAUGCAGCUGGUGCCCGGUUUGCUAAAUGGCGUGCUGUGCUUAAGAUUGGCCCUACUGAGCCAUCUGAGUUGGCAAUCCAUGAAAAUGCAUAUGGGUUGGCAAGAUAUGCAAUGAUCUGCCAGGAGAAUGGCCUUGUCCCCAUUGUUGAGCCUGAGAUCCUGGUGGAUGGCCCUCAUGAUAUUGAAAAGUGUGCUUAUGUAACUGAACGUGUUCUGGCAGCAUGCUACAAAGCACUGAAUGACCAUCACGUUCUGCUUGAGGGAACUCUGUUGAAGCCUAACAUGGUGACUCCUGGAUCAGAAGCCAAGAAGGUUUCCCCAGAGGUGGUGGCCGAGUACACUGUUCGGACCCUCCAGCGAACUGUGCCUGCAGCUGUUCCUGCUAUUGUGUUUUUGUCUGGGGGGCAGAGUGAGGAGGAGGCCACUCUCAACCUCAAUGCCAUGAACAAGCUCAAGGGGAAGAAGCCAUGGAACCUGUCCUUCUCCUUUGGACGUGCACUUCAGCAGAGCACUCUCAAGGCCUGGUCAGGAAAGGAGGAAAAUGUUGUGAAGGCCAGGGGAGCAUUCCUGGUAAGGUGCAAGGCAAACUCUGAGGCCACUCUUGGAACCUACAAGGGUGAUGCCAAACUUGGAGAGGGUGCCGCGGAAAGCCUCCAUGUCAAGGACUACAAGUACUGAUGAAGUUUUGGGUUCGGUUUGCUUUUCUGUUUUUCUCUGGAGAGUAUAUGCAGUGCAGGUAUGGGGGACAUUAAAGGUCUCAUCUCAGGCAUCAUAGGUUUAGGGUGUUUUUCGUUGUCUUCCGGAUCUUUUUAUGCUUGUAGUUGAAUGGGGGUAGAAUAAUCAGCUUGAGGAGCGAUGUUGCCUUGUUGAGUUUGAACGCUUUUCAAUUAAAACUCUGUUAAUGUGUUUUUCCACCUUUAAUAUAUAAAGUAUUGUCAUUUGGAACAA